GGCCAGAGAAGCGGGCAAUGCGGGGAAACCACGGAAUUCACGCCGACUCUAUUAACAGCCGAGCCUCCCCCUCACCUGGGCACCUCUGCAGGACACUUUUAUUUCAAGUCACAUCCAGGUUCCCAAGCAUCACUCUACUCAUCCCAAUACCUCGAAAAUAAAUCCCACAAAAUGACCACCCAAGGCUCAAGACUCCAAGGCAAAGUUGCCAUCGUGACUGGAGGUGGCUCUGGAUUCGGAGCCGCAAUUGCCCGUCGCUUCGGCGAAGAAGGCGCAAAGGUCAUCGUCGCUGAUAUCAACACCGAAGGAGGAGAAAAAGUAGCCGCGUUGAACCCCGCAAACCUGAUCUUCCAACACGUGGAUGUGACACAAGCCGAGAGCUGGACCGCUGUCGUUGAGCUUGCAUUCUCCAAGUUCGGGCGAUUGGACGUGCUGGUGAAUAACGCGGGGACUACGUACCGGAACAAGCCCACGACUGAAGUCACUGAAGACGAAUGGGAACGCGUUUUCAAGGUCAAUGUCAAGAGCAUCUAUCUGGCCGGAACGAUCGCCAUCCCCCGUUUAAUUGAGCAAGGACAGGGAGGCUCGGUGAUCAAUAUCUCGUCUACUGGUGCGAGUCGGCCGCGACCGGGGUUGGUGUGGUAUAAUGCCUCUAAGGGGGCUGUUACGAAUGCUACUAAGGGUCUUGCAGCGGAGUUUGGUCCGCACAAUAUUCGAGUGAACAGUGUUGCGCCAUUACUUUCUGGGACUGGCCUUUUCUCUAUGUUUACUGGUAUGGAAGAUACUCCUGAGAACAGGGAGAAGUUUAUUGGAAAUGUGCCCCUGGGUCGUCUUACUGAGGCAGAUGACAUUGCCAAUAUGUGUUUGUACCUUGCUAGCGAUGAGGGUCGCUUUAUCAAUGGUACAGAGAUGGUUGUUGAUGGUGGAAAGUGUAUUUGA